AUGACCAGCGAACUCAUUAAGUUUAACUGCUUACUUACUAACCUCACAAAAUCACAACAAUACACAAAAACCCUAAAAUUAUUCCAAAAAAUCCAAUCAUCCCAACAUCUUAAACCUGAUCAAUACACCCUCUCCACCACCCUCACCGCUAUCGCCCAUCUCCGCGUUCCAGCUACCGGCUACCAGCUCCAUUCGUACGUUAUCCGGACAGGCUAUAAAAAAUUCCCACAUGUAUCAAACACAUUACUAUUUAUGUAUUCAAAAACACAAGAUUUAACUUCAGUUAAAAAAGUAUUCAAUGAAAUAAAUAAACCUGAUGUGUAUUCUUGGACAACAUUAUUAUCUGCAUGCACAAACCUUGGGGACGUAGAUUAUGCAUGCCAAUUGCUUGAUGAAAUACCCGAAAGAAAUGAAGCGGCCUGGAAUGCAGUGAUCACGGGGUGUGUGGAUAAUGGGUAUGCUUUUGUUGGUUUGAAUGUGUUUAAAAGAAUGCAUAUGGUGGGUAUUAAGCAUGAUAACUAUAGUUUUGCUAGUGUGUUGAGUUUGUGUUGUUUGGAGGAGUUGGUGGAUUUUGGGAAGCAAGUGCAUCCGUUGGUUGUUAAGACGGGGGUUUUGGUUAAAGCGUCAGUUUUGAAUGCGUUGAUUAGUAUGUAUUUUAACGUUGGAGAUGAUGUUCGGGCGUUUAAAGUGUUUGAAGAGAGUGGGGAUAUGGUGCAUGACGAGAUUACUUAUAAUUCAAUGAUAGCUGGUUUGGUGAGUUUGGGCCGAUAUGAAGAUGGUUUUGUGAUGUUUAAAAAGAUGCAGGAGGUUGGUCUUGGACCAACUGAAAGGACUUUUGUGAGCGUUAUGAGUUCGUGUGUUUUUGGAAUAACUGCUAUUCAAGUGCAUGCCCAUGCCAUCAAGACAGGUUUUGAAGAAUUUAGUUCUGUAAGUAAUGCGGCAAUUACUAUGUAUUCAAGUUGUAAGGACUUGCAGGCUGCGCAAUUGAUUUUUAAGGGAUUAGAGGAAAAGGAUCGUGUCUCGUGGAAUACUAUGAUAACGAGCUAUGCUCAAGAAAGUUUGUUUACAGAUGCAAAUUUGGCCUAUUUGCAGAUGCAGCGUCAAGGUAUUGAACCAGAUGAGUUUACCAUUGGAAGCCUUCUAGCAACUGUGGAUUCAGUGGUAAGUAUUAAAAUGAUUCUUGCCAUUGUGAUUAAAAAUGGUAUUAAAUCAAAAACUGAAGUGUCCAACGCCUUGAUAUCGGCAUUUUCUAAGUAUAAUGCUAUAGAAGAUGCAUAUAGAAUAUUUAGUGAAUCAGAAUUGAAGAAUUUGAUAUCAUGGAAUUCAAUGAUUUCCGGAUUUCAUUUAAAUGGGUAUUUACUACACGGGUUGGAUCUAUUUUCUGAGAUGCUUGUGUCGUCUGUAACUCCAGAUGUUUGUACGUUAAGCAUUGCUUUGAAUAUAUGUGCUGGCGUUUCCAACUUCAAAAAUGGGAAAGAGAUUCACGGGUACAUACUCAAGUGUCCUCAUUUCCACGAGACGUUAUUAGGAAAUGCACUUAUUGCAUUGUAUGCAAAAUGUGGGGUUAUAGAUUGGUCACAAAAGGUUUUUGAGAUGAUGAUGUACAAAGAUGUAGUUUCUUGGAAUUCAAUUAUUUCUGCUUUAGGGCAGCAUGGAAGAGGGGAGGAGGCACUUUGGUGUUUCGAGUCAAUGCAAAAGUCAAGGGUGAAAGUAGAACCAGAUCACACAACAUUCACGGCAGCUCUCACAGCUUGCAGUCAUGCUGGGCUUGUUGAUGCUGGAGUUGAAAUAUUUAACUCAAUGGUCAACAAGUAUGGUUUAGAACCGGGGAUUGACCAUUUUUCUUGUGUUGUUGACCUUGUGGGGCGGGCAGGGUAUCUUGAUGCAGCUGAAAAUUUGAUAAAGAGUGAUGGUUUUAAAGUGCAUAGUAGUGUCUGGUGGACGUUGCUUAGCUCAUGUGCUACUCAUGGUGAUUUAAGAUUGGGGAAAAUUGUCGCUGGGUUUCUUCUGAAGACAGAAGAAGAUAAGUCAGGAGUUUAUGUCGUUUUGGCAAAUAUUCUUGCAAAUGGUGGACAUUGGGAAGAGGCUGAGAAUGUGAGGAAGAUGAUGAGGAAUUGUGGAGUUGUGAAGCAACCUGGAUAUAGCUUGAUCAGAUCAUAGAACCAUACUAGCUUUGUGACGGAUGACAAAUUGUCUGAAAAGGUGGAAGUUUUGGGAGAAGAUGGUGGCGGUGACGGAGGAGGAAGGGCGGCAGAGUAACGGCGGUGGUUUGAUGUUUAAGUGAAUAUGAAACCAAGGAGGUAAAGCUUCCCCUCCCCUUCGACCUAUUAUUUUCAAGGAUUGUUAUUUUCCAUGAUGUGUUUUCUUCCAACUUCAGCCCUUGUAUUAUUUUUACUUUCCAAACUGGGUCCUUUAUAAAUUAUACUAGGGAUGUGCAAAAAAGAUAAAAUUCCGAUCUCGCCCGAUCCUAUAUCGAUUCUAGUACCGAAUCUCAAAUAAGAGCGGGACAGGUAUCCACUUUUGUUGGCUUUGGAUUUGGACCCUGAAUGAUACUUGAAUUGAAAUUGAUAUCGUCCGGAUCCUGUAUCAAUACUGAUUAUAUGGUCUCAGUCCCCGUAGCAAGUUUUGAUGGUUUUUAGGACAGUAUACCCAUGUACAUGUUUUUUUUUGUAAGUCAUAAUAUCAUAUCAUAA